GACGGCACUAUCGAUUAUGUAUAUCUCGUUCAGUCCAGCCAUAUAAUCGUCACUUUUUUAAGAUAUGGACGCCAAAGUAUCUUAUUCUGCAUAUCUCAAUACAAUCAGGUUCAACGAACAUCCUUGAGUUGAGAUGCGUAUAUAUACUUAAAAGCCACGCCGGUUGUUAACCUUUCAGUCACGUUCAUAGUUCAGCCGAGUGCAAGGAAUAUAUAAAAAUCUCCCGUAAAACUUAUUUAUAAUUUAGAGAAAUCCACUUAAUUGACGCAUAACGUGCCAUGGAAGAAGUCCCGGAAAGACAUUACAAAAUCCCAGUAUAUAAGGAAGAUGUGACCCUGGAGUGGUUCGGGAAAGCAUUGCUCUCGAAGUAUCGAGUAAAGUCAUUCCAAUGGAAAGGAGAAGCCAACAGUGGUGAAGGGGUAAUCAGGCCCUUCGAGAGGAUGAACAUCGAGUUUGAGUCAGGGGAGACGGUAGAUGUCGUCCUGAAAAUAUUACCCCCACAAGGAAGUGCUUAUCGAAAUUUUAAAGUGUUUUGCGGCUUUGCUCAGAGGGAGAUCCAGAUGUAUACGGAAUUAUUUCCCGCCUGGGAUGAAUUUCUACACUCCAAAAAUGUUCCGCCCAAUUUUCGCUAUCGUCAUCCAACAUGCUAUCUUGCGGGUUGUAAUUUCACAUUCGGAAAAGUCCCAAGGAAUCUAGAACCUUACCAACAAAUCAUAAUUAUGGAGGAUUUGAAAGCUACCGGGUUCGAAAUGUUGCCAGAAGGUCACAGCUUGAGCUGGAGGAAGCCAAACCCUGCAUUCGCCUCGUCGCGUUAUUUCAUGCCGUUUCAUUGGCCUACGAGAAAGUGACAUGGGGCGGUCCACAACCUGUAAUAGCAUCGAAGCCUGUAAUAGCAUCGAAACCUGUAAUAGCAUCGAAGCAAUCCCCCCAAGUGCGAAGACCUUGCCGAAACUACUAUGAGAAAGUCCCCUUUCUCAAUCACAACUCGGCUUAUCCGAAGUAUUUAAUCGAAAUGUUCAUACAAAGUGGAUUUGACUAUAUUCGGAAGUUGAUAAGAGAAUAUGCUGACAAAGCCGCGGAUGAAAUGUCACAACAAAGUGGAGCACCAAACCCAUCAGUGCUUCCGCUUCACGCAAUGCCAACGGGACUUCUGGAGUAUUUCGAGGUAUUGCGAGAGAACGCUUUCGAAAAUCUCGCGCUUCUGACACCACAGGAAGGUCAGGUGGGGGUCGUGACUCAUAAUUUACUUUACGCCAACCAUUUCAUGUUCCUGAGUGAGAAACACGAGAAUUUGAAGAAGGAUGAACAUGCCGCCGUAUUCUUUGAUUUCCAGGCCUCCAUGUAUUCUCUGCCCACGACGGAUUUGUCAUUCUUUCUCAUCCGAAAUUGUGAAGAAUCCAUGCUGACGACGGGAAUAGAGCAGGUGUUGCAGUAUUACCACGAGGAGUUGCGAGCGGCCAUGGGGGCGAUGGGGGUGCCUCUGGAGAACUACACACUGGAUCAGAUCAGGACAGAGUACCGCGAGAAGGCUUAUCUCACCAUAUUGUACAUCAUUGCGUUGGGCGGUUUAAUGGAUGUCGAAAGUUCUCCCGAUGACGUGAAAAGACGAUUGUACAACAAGUUAGUCAUAAUGUACGACAACGGUCUAUUGAAAUGUGUCGUCUAACAAAGCAGAGAAAUCGCAAAACUAAUCUUUAUCAAGUUUAUGAAUUGAAAAAAAUAUUAGUAUCAAAAUCAAGUUCAAGCUUUCUUUCAGUUCUUUUAGAUUUAAUAUCUUUUUCAUACAAAUAAAAUUGCAAUUUAUAAUUUGAAAUAUGCUCAUAAAAUAUGAUACAGAAUAAAUACAAUCCAUCCACAUAAGAGUUAGAUAAUAAUUAAUGUUAUUUAACAAGCGCAGCCAAGAUAUUUAGAAGAAGAGACAAUUUCAAUGAUUUAUUAUUACACAUUUGUCCAUAAAUUUCAUUACACUUUAAGUUUCAUUCCAAGAACAUAUAAUCUGUAGUAUUAAUUUGUCUUCCCAAUAUUGUAGUACAUCUAAUAAAUAAUUUACCUAUGUUCAUGCAA